AUGAAAAGCCACGUGUUCCGCGCUUUCGAUUGCAUUAGGACAGCUUGGGCAGAAUGGGCCUUCUGCCAGCUGAAAGCGGUGGAGAUAUUCCAUAAAGCAGCCAUGACCGGUGAGUAUCUGCGUAAGUUAACAUCAUAUUUCAAUGAUACGUCAUGGAUUAAUCCGUCCGAGGCCGAUACGAUAGUGGGUGAGGAACCUGAUGCGGUGUCUCUUGUGUCAAUUUUAGUUGUUGGCAUUUUCCUGUCAGUGCUGAUAUUUCUAUCAGUUGCCGGUAAUAUACUCGUCUGCCUCGCCAUUUAUACGGAACGUAGUUUACGGCGCAUUGGGAACUUAUUUCUGGCAUCAUUAGCGAUAGCGGAUUUAUUCGUCGCAUCCCUGGUGAUGACAUUCGCCGGGGUCAAUGAUCUGUUGGGUUAUUGGAUAUUCGGCGCGCAGUUUUGUGAUACUUGGGUCGCCUUCGACGUGAUGUGCUCAACGGCGUCCAUUUUAAAUUUAUGCGCCAUCUCAAUGGAUCGCUACAUACACAUAAAAGACCCACUCAGAUAUGGUCGUUGGGUGACACGACGCGUCGCAGUCAUUACCAUUGCCGCUAUUUGGCUGCUAGCCGCAUUUGUCUCGUUUGUGCCAAUCUCGUUGGGUCUGCAUCGACCGGAGCAGCCGUUAAUCGUUGAGGAUAAUGGAAAACGGUAUCCCACGUGUGCGCUGGACCUGACGCCAACCUAUGCUGUCGUUUCCAGUUGUAUUAGUUUCUAUUUCCCGUGCUUGGUCAUGAUUGGCAUCUACUGUAGACUCUACUGCUAUGCUCAGAAGCACGUAAAGUCCAUUAAGGCGGUCACACGUCCAGGUGAGGUGGCCGAAAAGCAACGCUACAAGAGUAUACGACGCAAUAAAAAUCAACCGAAAAAGUUCAAAGUGCGCAAUCUGCACCACAGUUCGCCCUACCAUGUGUCCGAUCACAAGGCCGCCGUCACGGUUGGUGUCAUCAUGGGUGUCUUCCUAAUCUGUUGGGUGCCGUUCUUUUGUGUCAACAUAGUGGCUGCCUUCUGUAAAACUUGCAUCGGCGGCCAAACAUUCAAAAUACUCUCAUGGCUUGGGUACUCCAACUCGGCCUUCAAUCCCAUAAUUUACUCCAUCUUCAAUAAGGAAUUUCGUGAUGCUUUCAAACGCAUACUCACCACAAGAAAUCCAUGGUGUUGUCGACAAGAAGUCGGCAAUAUACAUCCACGCAAUAGCGAUCGUUUCGUAACCGAUUAUGCGGCGAAAAAUGUGGUGAUGAUGAAUUCAGGCCGCUCAUCAGCCGAACUGGAGCAAGUGUCUGCGAUUUGA